AUGGCCACCACAACUCUCUUUGGUCCCAAGAGCGAAGCGCCGAUCUCGUGUGCAAUCAGCUUGCCAGAGAUGCAGGAGGCAGAAACUGAAGAGUUAUUCGAAUUCAGGCGCAAGAAAGUGUCAAGACUCCAUUCCCCGGAUGCAGACAAUGGCCAAAGCGAGAAGCAAAACGGAGUUGUCCCUCCAGCAUCUCUUCAUGCCACCAGCGCCUCACCACAGUCACGAUUCAGCCAUGGCGAAGAGCAAGACAAUAGCUCUACUCCUGGCCAACAGACAAACAGCCCUGCGAAAGUCAAGGCGCCAGUUAGCCUCGACCGACUUUCGGCAACAGAUCCUGAAGCCUACAAUCAGCGGAUUUCUUCGGCAGGACUGACACAGGAGAUCAUUGACAACUUCAGCCCUGAGAUCAUCCUUGAGAGCUCUACCUCUGCGCUCCCCGGCGGGGUGGGUAGUUCUCAAGGGGUGUUCGGAACGUCACAGGAUGAUAUUACGAUGGAACAGCUGCUGGGCCUCGAAUUGCCGUCGAAACGAGUGACAGACUAUUUCCUGAACGCCUAUCUCGACGCCGUCCAUUGGUUUAUGAUGCUUUUUCAUGAGCCAACGUUUCGAUCGUCCUAUGAGCGGCUGAUGGCUUCGAGGAGAUUUUCGCGGGCCCGGUCGAACCAGGUGAUCUUCAUACUCCUGGUGCUCUCCAUGGGCGCACAUUACGCUUCGGAUGACGAUGUGCGACAAAAGUUUCCUACCUUCCAGCUCGAGACAUUCCGAAAGCUCUCUCUCAAAAAAGUUGAAGAUAGCUUGCACUCUCUGUACGAUGCCGCGGAACUCGAAUCUGUCCAAGUGUGUGUCCUUCUUGGGUCAUACUAUGUCUAUCAUGGUCGCCCCAACCUUGCAUUUGUUAUUCUAGGUGCCGGACUCAGAUGUGCCCAACUCAUGCUGCUGCACAGAGAAUCCGCUUGGCGGGGGUUGUCAGAAAUUGCAAAAGAGGAGCGCAGACGGGUGUUUUGGGCUCUUUUUAUCUUUGAUCGAUUUGCAGCUACAAUAUUUGGUCGGCCCUGUGGCAUUCCAGUUGGUGAAAUUGACAUCAAGACACCAGAAAAUAUUGGCGACACCACUGUCCAGCAUCCGUCCUUCCGCUCGACCGCGACCAUGCCAGACGGAACUGUGGAACCAGUCACCACGUUUGCCUACUUGAAGUACAAGAUCAAGCUGUACCAGAUAUCUUCGCCUAUCAUCGGUGACCUAUAUUUUCAUCGAAGUUCGAGUGUAUCAGAGUUGGCACUCAAAGUCUAUCGAAUCGACAAAGAGCUGUCCAACUUCUUCAGCGCUUUACCGCCGGAGCUGAAAUUAGAAGAUCUGUGUCGAAACACCGCUGAACCUGUGACAACUAAUAGCCGACCUUUUAUGCUUCAAGCGCUGGCUCUCCAAAUUGCGUACGAUAAUGUGCAAAUCCUUUUACACCGCCCGUUACUCUCUCAAGAUCUGCGAAACUUCAAGACAGACGCAGCCACAUCCGGACCUCAGGGGUCGACCUACUCCAUCGGCCAGAUCGACUUUGCUACUGACACUAAACUGUCGCAUCGACAUGUUCAUGAAAUUCUACUUGCCAGUAGAGACAAUUGCUGGGAGUCUGCAAUCAGGUCGUCCAAGCUUGGCCAGUAUCGCCAGUGCUUGAUCUCUGCACGAGAUAGUCACGCCGCCGCAUUUCUCGGGAUCAACCUUUUCACAGCUGGCAUGGUCCUGUGCGUCGUGGCUCUUUCACGACCCCUGUCCUCGGAGGCGCAAAUGGCUAAACAGGCUGUUGCUCGGAUCAUGUCGCUUUCACGAUUCUUAUCAGGCAGGGCUCUUCUCUCUGCGCAAACAUCAAAGAUUUUGAAGGACCUUGUUCGACUGAUCGGAGAGAAGGAGAUUAAGGCAAUGCUUUCAGAAUCUGAAACCUCACAAAACAUGGCUACGUCGGCGGGUUUAAGAUCUAGAGAAAUGGCAGGCUCCUCCAACGCUACACCUGGUCCUGCCUUCGGAGAUCCGGAAUACCCCGAUGAAGUCGCUCCGAAUCAAACUACGACGCAAAUAGAUGACGAAUCCGCUCCCUUUACAAUUGACCAAGUUGGGACUUCGAUGGACGAUUUUGACUUUUCGGGAUUCGAGAACAUAGAUUUCAACAAUGGCUUACUGAUCAUGCAACAAGGUAGGGACUACUACCACCUUCCUAUUAUUUUGUUCGUUUGA